CACAGGACACACGUAUCUCAAUCAUACACACCCAAAAACGCUCCAAAACAGAGAUGACCGAGAAAGACACCGGAAAGAGUGCAUCAUUUUCCCAUUGAAGCUCAAGCUCAGAUUUGAGCUUCUCUCCAAACAAAUCCCAGCACCUGCACUACAUUAAAAGACAAUGUCCUCAAAGAAACAAGCCAUUUUCAUCUCCUCCCUCGUAAUCCUCUGGUACUCAUCAAACAUCGGUGUCCUCCUACUCAACAAGUUCCUGCUCUCCAACUAUGGCUUCAGAUUCCCAAUCUUCCUCACAAUGUGCCACAUGUCCGCCUGCGCCAUUCUCAGCUACGUUUCCAUCGUCUUCCUCAAGAUUGUGCCUUUGCAGACCCUCAAAUCCAGGUCCCAGUUCGUCAAGAUCGCCACUUUGGGCAUUGUCUUUUGUGGGUCUGUUGUGGGUGGCAACAUUUCUCUCAGAUACCUCGCUGUCUCCUUCAAUCAGGCUGUCGGUGCUACGACGCCGUUUUUCACUGCCCUUUUUGCGUAUUUGGCGACCCUUAAGAGGGAGGCUUGGGUCACCUACGCUGCUCUUGUGCCCGUUGUUACUGGAGUUGUGAUUGCUAGUGGGGGUGAGCCGAGUUUUCACUUCUUUGGAUUUGUUGUGUGCAUUAGUGCAACUGCUGCAAGGGCAUUUAAAUCUGUUCUUCAGGGUAUCCUACUUUCUUCUGACGGGGAAAAGCUGAACUCUAUGAAUUUGCUGCUUUAUAUGUCACCAAUUGCUAUUCUAGUAUUAUUGCCUGCUGCACUUAUUAUGGAGCCCAAUGUUGUAGAGGUCACUCUGUCACUCGGAAGGGAGCAUAAAUUCAUGUGGUUACUUCUUUUGGUUAAUUCAGUAAUGGCCUAUUCGGCUAAUUUGACAAAUUUCUUGGUGACGAAGCAUACAAGUGCACUAACACUUCAGGUAUUAGGCAAUGCAAAAGGUGCUGUGGCCGUUGUUAUCUCAAUUCUUCUAUUCAAGAACCCUGUCACCGUUAUCGGCAUUGGCGGUUACAUGAUAACUGUUAUGGGGGUUGUUGCUUAUGGAGAAGCAAAGCGAAGGUUUAGAUAAGUGGUCCAGUUACCAUUAUUUAUUUUGAUGACUUGAGGUUUCGUUCGAAGAGGUUAGUGAGAUUAUGUUCGACUAGAUUCUUAGUCUGUUGUUUUGGAGAGGGAGGGAGGGGGGAGCUAUUUGAUUG